GUAACUAAUAUAUUUUAUAGUUUAUAGGUAUAACCAUAACGUUUCAAUAUUGAUAUUAUUUCAAGAAUUAUGCGCGUAAGCAAAAAUGUCUUUAAAACUUAUACAUAUUGGAGUUUUCGUUAUUCUCAGCCUCAUGUCGGUAGUCUACAAUAUCGAAAUUGAGCCAAACGAAACAAUUUUAUCUGAAAUUUCAAAAAACAUAUCGCGCGUGAAUCAUAUAUUACACGAUCUGAUGAAAAAAUACGAACGACUUAAACAUUUAAUUCACACAGACACAGACAAAAUCAACCACAGCGCGAAUGAUUUCGUUACAAUGAAGACACAUUUUAAAAUCAGAGCAAAAGAAAAUAUAAAAGAGCCACAAAAGACUUUUAGUGCAACUCAAUCUUAUACAGAUCAAUCAACUGAAGACAAUGUCCGUGGGAUAAAUAAGAAAAAAACCCUAAAAGAAAAGAAAUUUAAUAUCAAGGGUCAUUAUCGUCCAGGAGAUACCGAGGUCCAGUUAAGAUACCCUCUCAAAUCAGAUGGUAUUGGUAAGACUUUAUUCUUUACUGAUGAAUUAUCUGAAAAUGAUACGAAUGAGACACAUUACAAAAGGCAGCCAAGGGAAAAAAAAGUUUUCGGUAUAAAGGACACUGUUUCAUCAGAUUCGCAAGAAGAUACAUUUGUAACAAAAAAAUCUCAAACCUCAACAACACAAAAGAAUAUUAAAUUAGAAGAAAACCUUAAGCACAAACAGAUAAUAACGCAAAAAGAUUAUUUAGAUGGCGAAAUACUUAGAGGUACUACAAAAGAAAGUGAAAAUCCAAAAGAUGUGAAAAAGGUGUUAGUGAUUCAUAUAGAUGGUAAUAAAAAUUCUAAUGUAAAUAUACUACGAACAUCUAAUCCAAAUGAAGUGAAAAUUCCGUCAACGAAUAAGAAGCAACGCACAACGGAGUCAGCUACUCGUACGUUUAAAUCGGAUAUAGCAGCCGACCCCAAUUCAGAUGUAGAAGAGCAUAAAGCGAUGCAAGAAGAAAUUUUGAGAGCGAAAACUCUACGACAUGCACUCGGUGAUGCUUGCCUCCUACUUGUCGUUAAGAAAUGUAAAAAAGCAUUAAAAGAUGUCCUAAAAGAUGUCUGCAAGAGGAAUAAAAAAUGCUCAAGUAAUUUCAACAAAGAUUUUACUGAAAAUGGCAUUGCUGCUUGUGACGAGGAGUUUAAUAAACCAAAAGGAAAAACAGGCCGAAAUGUUCGUCAUGAUAAGUAUUUUGGAGAUUAUGAUGAUGAUGAUUCAGAAAAUGAUGAUCACGGUCAGGAUGAGGAUGGAGCACAUUUCGUUGACUACACGAGGCAAGGGUUGUUAGACAUGACAUGUCUACAAGCUAUAAGCGGCGUUAAAAAGCCCAAAAUUGCAGAAAGGACCAACCUCACCAACAUCGUUAACAAACCCCACGAUGUUCAUAUAUUACGUGAUAAACUCGAAAACGCUUGUCGAAAGGCAUCCUUCGAUAAAUGCAAUAAAGCUUGCAAAACCGCAAGCGACAAAACAUGCAAAACACAUGAAUGUGUUUCUGCGAAGGAGAAGGCUUUGAGGAAAAGUUGUAAAAAGCGAUGUAUGGCGAGCUAUGGAUAUCGAGAAAACAGUUCCAGUGAGAGUGACUCUGACGAUGACUCGGAUGAAGAUUCAGACAGUGAUUAAAGUCAUUUAAAAUAAUUAGACGAGAAAA